UACUUGCUCACAAGCUAGCAGCCAUUGUCAGCUAGCGGUUUCUUCUCUUUAAACUCCGGACUCUUUCUUAUUCACGUCACAUUGCAGCUCGAGGACAACAGUUUACCAGAGAAUGGCUCUGCUAACGCCAUUAUUUGCCUUCCUGUACCACCUGCCGCAGGUGUACAAGUGGCUGCUAAAGCCGUACUAUGUAGCAUCUCUCUUCAUGUGUUUAGCUUUUCUGGCCGUCCGUAAGACGCCUGGUAUUUGCGAUCAUCUGUCCACGCAGAGAGAGGACGGCAACUCCUGCGACUUCGAUUGGAGAGAGGUGGAAAUCCUCAUGUUCCUCAGUGCCAUCGUCAUGAUGAAGAACCGAAGAGCGAUAACGGUGGAGCAACAUGUGGGCAACAUCAUCCUGUUCAGCAAAGUGGCCAACGUGAUCCUGUUCUUCCGACUGGACAUCAGGAUGGGCCUCCUCUACCUCACACUCUGCAUAGUGUUUUUAAUGACCUGUAAGCCCCCGCUCUACAUGGGUCCAGAGUACAUCAAAUACUUCAGUGACAAAACCAUGGAUGAGGAGCUGACCAGAGAUGGACGUGUGACCUGGAUCGUGGAGUUUUUUGCCAACUGGUCUCCUGAGUGUCAGUCCUUCGCUUCGGUCUACGCAGACCUCUCUCUGAAGUAUAACUGCGCAGGUCUCAAGUUUGGCAAAGUGGACAUCGGUCGCUAUGGAGACGUUUCCAAAAGGUACAAGGUGUCGGCAUCUCCUUUGUCCAAGCAGCUUCCAUCGCUGGUGCUGUUUCAAGGAGGGAAGGAGCUGAUGCGGCGCCCCCAGGUGGACAAGAAGGGCAGAGCCGUCUCCUGGAGCUUCACCGAGGAAAACAUUAUCCGAGAGUUCAACCUGAACGAGCUGUACCAGAAAUCCAAGAAGCUCAGCAAGACCAAAGGAGACAAGCUGAGCCAGUCUGAGUUCCUCCCAGUUCCUGAGGAGGAGGAGCUGGAGCAGCCAGGAGCCCACGUCCCGCAUGAAGACAAGGCUGAAUCCAAGAAAGACAAAUAGGACAAUAGGUGGAGCAAAGCUUGGACUUCUGGGAACAACCGGAGAGUCCAGGUCAGCAGACUCCUCCAUCUCAUCCCUCCGUUCCCCUUCAAUGUGUUCAGUUUGUUCAUUUGUUUAUCAGCAGUGUUAUUUAGAGGCAGGAAAUAUUCUAAUUUAAAAAAAGGAGGGGAAACGAGGAACAAACUGCAGCACAGGUGUCAGAGCUCUGAGGGGGGUCAGGGUGGAUUGGGCUUCAGACCUGGAACACCUGGAGUCUGUGAAAUCUGCAUGGUGGCUCACCUGACAGAGACCUCAUCGUGAUACGGGAAUUAGUUUUGAAAUCAGACUCAUUUAUCUCCAAGUAUGUUUUUAAAAAUCAUCCUUCAACUGAUUUAUACCUCUGAAGUGGUCGAAGAGAUCAGACACGGAGUCAGAGGUAGUUGUAGAGGUCGGACACAGUCAGAGGUUCAUCGUAGAGGUCGGACACGGAGUCGGAGGUAGUUGUAGAGGUCGGACACGGAGUCAGAGGUAGUUUUAGAGGUCAGACACGGAGUCGGAGGUUCAUCGUAGAGGUCGGACACGGAGUCGGAGGUAGUUGUAGAGGUCGGACACGGAGUCAGAGGUAGUUUUAGAGAUCAGACACGGAGUCAGAGGUUCAUCUUAGAGGUCGGACACGGAGUCGGAGGUAGUUGUAGAGGUCGGACACGGAGUCAGAGGUAGUUGUAGAGGUCGGACACGGAGUCGGAGGUAGUUGUAGAGGUCAGACACGGAGUCGGAGGUUCAUCGUAGAGGUCGGACACGGAGUCGGAGGUAGUUGUAGAGGUCGGACACGGAGUCAGAGGUAGUUUUAGAGGUCAGACACGGAGUCGGAGGUUCAUCGUAGAGGUCGGACACGGAGUCGGAGGUAGUUGUAGAGGUCGGACACGGAGUCAGAGGUAGUUUUAGAGAUCAGACACGGAGUCGGAGGUUCAUCGUAGAGGUCGGACACGGAGUCGGAGGUAGUUGUAGAGGUUGGACACGGAGUCAGAGGUAGUUUUAGAGAUCAGACACGGAGUCAGAGGUUCAUCUUAGAGGUCGGACACGGAGUCGGAGGUAGUUGUAGAGGUCGGACACGGAGUCAGAGGUUCAUCGUAGAGGUAGGACACAGUCAGAGGUAGUUUUAGAGGUCAGACACGGAGUCAGAGGUUCAUCGUAGAGGUCGGACACGGAGUCAGAGGUAGUUGUAGAGGUCGGACACGGAGUCAGAGGUAGUUGUAGAGGUCGGACACAGAGUCAGAGGUUCAUCUUAGAGGUCGGACACGGAGUCGGAGGUAGUUGUAGAGGUCGGACACGGAGUCAGAGGUUCAUCGUAGAGGUCGGACACGGAGUCGGAGGUAGUUGUAGAGGUCGGACAUGGAGUCAGAGGUUCAUCGUAGAGGUCGGACACGGAGUCAGAGGUAGUUUUAGAGGUCAGACACGGAGUCAGAGGUAGUUUUAGAGGUCAGACACGGAGUCAGAGGUUCAUCGUAGAGGUCGGACACGGAGUCAGAGGUAGUUGUGGAGGUCGGACACGGAGUUUUACUUGAAGAGGAAGGGUUCACGUUUGCACUAGUUAGAUUACAUCUUCAUUCAUUCCUGUUUUAUCACUCCAUCACAUUCUUCUCUAUUCAACAUGGCCGACCUUAUGUAUGACACCAUUAACGUGAUCUUUUAUAGGGUAACUAGUUUUUUGUUUGGAAAAAAAAGUCAUUCCUUGUUUUAAUUUUUCAGACCUUUCCAUCAGUGAGGUGAAGUAAACGUGAGCAGCAUCUCAUUCACCACUAACUCCAGGUAACUCCAGGUAAAGCAGACUCUAGUUGCAUCCCAGCUCACUCUGAUAAACAUGUAGGAAUUUCACACCAUCCUGGAGCAGAAUGAUGUCCUGGAACAUCCACGUGAGUGGCAGAUUUUCAUGUUUCUGAUUGGCCACUGAUCAUGUGUCCUGUUGAGGGAUUUUGUUUCCUGACUUGGAGGAAGACGUCACCUUCCAGCGUCAUCUGAGACGUCCACUUACCCGGGCAGCUUUAGUUUUAGUAAAGUCUUUUGAACAUUCAGAAGUUUUAUCUUGUUUUUGUCUUCAACAUUCCAGCAGUGAAAUGUUGAACACUGCUUAGUAUUUUUUAACCUACUUAGGUUUUGUUGACAUGCUGUAUUUCAUUGCAUCUACAUUCAUAUGUUUGUAUAUUUCUGCUCCUCAAAAACUCCAGUUUUUGUUAAAAUAAAAUGAUGCAUCUGA